AAAAACGAGUCCAGAUACUGGUUGCGAUUCUCCCGCAUCAAUUUGAAUUUCGGUAUUCGUUCUUCAAUCCAGAAUUAUCCUAUACGUGACUUCGUAGUCAAUCUCCAUGUCUAGGGUUUCUGGGUUUCAAUUCUGGCUUCUCUACUUGAAUUUCUAGGGUUUGUUUUUUUGGGGUUUCUCUUGCGAUUGGAGGUUUGGGGAAGAAGAAGGUGAAGAGGAAGAACAAAAAGAAGAAGGAAGAUGCACAUAAAGGAGAUAUGCUUGGAGGGUUUCAAAUCCUAUGCGACGAGGACGGUCGUGCCGGGUUUCGACCCGCAUUUCAACGCUAUAACGGGUCUAAACGGGUCGGGAAAACCCAACAUCCUCGAUUCCAUCUGCUUCGUUCUGGGAAUUACUAAUCUUCAGCAAGUCCGGGCUGCUAAUCUCCAAGAGCUCGUUUACAAGCAAGGGCAAGCUGGGAUUACCAAGGCAACAGUGUCAAUUACCUUUGAUAAUUCCGAUAGGAGCAGAAGCCCUCUCGGUUACGAGGAUCAUUCGGAGAUUACUGUGAAUAGACAAACUGUAGUUGGUGGACGGAACAAGUAUUUGAUCAAUGGAAAGCUUGCACAACCAAGUCAAGUGCCGAACCUUUUCCACUCGGUGCAACUCAAUGUCAAUAAUCCCCAUUUUCUCAUCAUGCAAGGGCGUAUCACCAAAGUCUUAAACAUGAAACCUCCAGAGAUCCUAUCAAUGCUUGAAGAAGCUGCUGGGACAAGAAUGUAUGAAACCAAGAAAGAGGCUGCGCUGAAAACACUUGAAAAGAAGCAAACCAAAGGUAACUGCCAGAUUGUUCAUAACAUAGAAGAUUUGAAGAAAUCUCUUGAAGAGAAAACCUCUGCUUUGAAGAAGUCUGAGGAAGGAGCGGCUGACCUAAAACAAAGAGUUCAGGAGUUUUCGACCACAUUGGAAGAGUGCGAAAAAGAACAUCAGGGUGUACUUGCUGGGAAAAGUAGUGGUGAUGAGGAGAAAUGCCUUGAAGAUCAGUUGCGUGAUGCAAAGGUUGCUGUUGGGAAAGCUGAGACAGAGUUGAAGCAGCUGACGACCAAAAUUGGCCACUGUGAAAAGGAGCUAAAAGAGAAAAAAUCUCAGUUAAUGUCUAAACGUGAAGAAGCAGCGGCAGUGGAGAAUGAACUUAAAGCAAGAAAAAAUGAUGUAGGAAGUGCAAAAAAGUCACUAGAAUCUCUUCCAUACAAAGAGGGUCAGAUGGAAGCUUUGGAAAAGGACCGAGCUUCUGAGCUCGAAAUUGUGCAAAAGAUGAAAGAUAAAGCACGUGAUCUUUCGGCUCAAUUAGCAAAUGUCAAUUUUACAUACUGUGACCCUGUGAAGAACUUUGAUCGGUCAAAGGUGAAAGGUGUGGUUGCAAAACUGAUAAAAGUGAAAGACAGAUCCACAAUGACAGCCUUGGAGGGUCACGAAAACGAACAAGAGAGGUUUGUGAAUUGUGAUGGAGCAGGAAGCAGUGAAGAAGGAACAAUCAUCUUUGGAGAGUCAGUUAGAUUCAUUAAGGACUCAAGUUAGCACACUCGCUUUGGAAAUAAAUGAGCAACGAGCAAAGGUUGAAGCCAUACAGAAGAAUCACGAUCGAGCUCUGGCUGAGCUUAAGUUGAUACAUGCGAAGAUGAAGGAAUGUGAUACACUGAUAAGUGGUUUAGUUGCAGACCAGGAAAAGUCUCUUCAGAAACUUAGUGACCUGAAGCUUGAGAGAAAGAAGUUGGAAAAUGAGUGAUUUCGGGUCCAUCUUUUCAACUCUACUACCUGGCACCACGGCAAAGCUAGAUCCGCCUGAAGGUGGCACUUUCCUCGAUGGUCUUGAGGUCUGUGUUGCUUUUGGGGGUGUCUGGAAACAGUCCUUGUCUGAACUCAGUGGAGGACAAAGAUCUCUUCUUGCUCUCUCCUUAAUCUUGGCAUUGCUUCUCUUCAAGCCAGCUCCACUUUACAUAUGAGGUUGAUGCAGCUCUUGAUCUCAGCCACUCAUAGAACAUUGGAAGAAUGAUAAAAUCUCAUUUCCCCCACUCACAGUUUGUCGUGGUUUCCCUGAAAGAAGGAAUGUUCAACAAUGCCAAUGUUCUCUUCCGGACAAAGUUUGUGGAUGGUGUAUCAACAGUCCAGAGGACAGUAACAAAGCAGAACAAGUGAUCCCACUGGAUUAAAAGUGGAUUUGAACCAUUGCACGAAAACAAAUGUUCAACAAGAGAAGAGUUCAUCUGAAGUUCCGAACCAUCUUUUUCAAAGCUUUCGACUUCGACCGAAGAUUCUUCAGACUCAGUUAUGUACAUAAAGGUCCAUCUCUCUUUCGUAAGUGUCUCUACGCAUGACAUGUUGCUUCGAGCAGCGAAGAAGACUCGUGGAAAUUCUCGCAGCUUUUUUGAGAUUUUUUCCAUCUGCACAAGAGGCAAAUCCCCAAGAACUGAAACUAUGAAGAUAAACAUAGUAGAAUACACUAUACAUUAGAUUUCUUUUCAUUCAUUUCGCUUAUACUUGUGGAAAAGUAAGGUAACGUUUUCAACUUAGGAAUGUCAAUUGUAUUCUCUAAUUUAGUAUAGCUUAAGGUAAGGUGACUACUGACUCCUUGUAUCUUGUGGGAUGAUAUAACUUGGAAAACAUGUGAUGUUUUUAUUCUCUUA